AUGGCUGUUACAGUUGACAACGAAUUGCCGGAGAAACUUAGUCACAAUCACCCUCUUUUUUUGAGUACUACAGAUACUUCUGGAGUUGUAUUGAUCUCUAUUCAGCUUACAGGUUCUGAGAAUUAUUCUCUAUGGAGCAGGUCGAUAAGAAUAGCCAUACUUAGAAGAAACAAGUUGGGGCUAAUUGAUGGAAAGUGCAGGAAGGAUGGAUUUGGUCCUAAUCUGACUGAUUUAUGGGAGAAAUGCAAUGCAAUUGUUCUUUCAUGGAUCAUAAAUUGUGUUUCCAAGGAGUUAUUGGGUGGAAUUAUUUACUCUAUAGAUGCAUGCUCUGUUUGGCGAGAUCUCAAGGAGAGAUUUGAUAAAACGGAUGGGUCACGGAUCUUUCAAUUACAUAGAGAAAUCGUCACUUUGGUACAGGGUACAAGUACUAUAGCAGAGUAUUUUACAAAAUUGAGAUUGUGUUGGGCAGAAUUUAAUUGCAUCGCAUCUUUUCCUGGUUGUAAUUGCACGGAAUCACGAGGUUUUGCAGAAUUUAUGAAGCAACAGAAGCUGUUGCAAUUUUUACUGGGUCUUAAUGAGACUUAUGAGCAGGCUCGAAUUCAGAUCUUGAUGUUAGUUCCCCUUCCUUCUAUCAAUCAGGUCUAUUCAAUGAUGAUUGAAAGAGAAAGCCAACAGGUCAUAGCAAAUUCAGCUAGUAAUGUUGCAAAUCUGGAAAUAGCAGCACUUAUGACUGCUUGUCAAGUUCCUAGCAAGUUUAAAAGGGAUUGGAAUGCUCAGUGUGAUCAUUGCAAGACGAUGGGUCAUACUAAAUCCAACUGUUAUCGGUUGAUUGGAUAUCCUUCCAACUUCAGGUUCAAGAAGAAAGUUGGGAAGCCAAAUGGUCCUAAGGAAGGAGAGAAUCGAAGUCAUGCUCACAAUGUGAGGAAUGAGGAAAGUCGAUCACACAAUGAUGGAGCACAGGCUCGAGCUGCUCACGUGAAUUUUUGUAAUGAUCCAGGUUACAAUAACUAUUCUAUAGCUGAUAAUCUUCAUGCUGAUUGGAAUAGAUGUUCAGGAUCCCACAUUCCUUCACAUCAACACCCUAAGAUGAUGCAGCAAUAUGAUAAGUCAUCACAUCUCAAUCAGUCUAACAUCGGAAAGCACAAGGCUGAUGAUGUACCAAAAUCUUCCUCUUCAAAUAUGUGCAGAUUAUCUGAUUCAAUGAACAUGGGAGGUAAUUUUUCUAUUUCGCCUUUGUAUGAGAGUACCUUCACAGAUAAAGUAUUUGCUUCCUAUGCAUGUAAUGAUGAUAAGGAAUGGAUAAUAGACACGGGUGCAUCCAACCAUAUGAUCUCUCAUAAAGAAAUGUUAAAUUCUAGGAAGCAUGUUACUAUUUAUAAUAAACAUGUAUAUUUGCCAAAUGGAGGGAUUGUAGAGGACCUCUCAAGUGGGAAGGUACUGGAGAUUGGUGAAGAAAAGAAUGGCAUCUAUUUGAUGAGUUACAAAGGGAGUGGUAUUGAUUGCUCACCAAAAGGGAUGGUUGCUUCCAAGAAUAAGCUGGACAUCCUUCUUUGGCAUAGAAGGAUGGGUCGUGCCUCUGUUGGAACUAUGAGUCAUUUUUUAAAUAUUGAUCCUAAUGAAUGCAAAAUAAUUUUAGACAGGUUGCCAUCUACAACACUCGACAACAAGUCUCCUUUUGAAGUUUACCAUGGUGUUAAAGGUUCCUUAACACACCUUAGAACAGUGGGUUGUUUAUGUUACACUAAGUGUUUACCUCCUGGUGAUAAGUUUGAAGCCAAUGCUGUUCCUGCAGUACAUAUGGGUUAUUCUGAAGUUACAAAAGGCUAUGUGUUGUAUAAUCUAGUAACUCACAAUUUUUUCAUAUCUAGGGAUGUUAGUUUUAGAGAAGAUUCUUUUCCUUUCCAGAAUACAUCUUCCUCUCCUACUGUUUUCCUAGACAUAUCUGUAGACAUUGAUGAUCCUCCUAUUAAUGACUCACAUUUGUCUCCUCAACAUGAUGUUGUUCCUGCUAUCCCAGACAUUAUUCCUGAUAUUGUGGUUGAUGAUGUUUAUAUUCCUACUAUGUCUGUUGAUAUUGAACCUAUGCCUUUGAGGCAGUCUCAGAGAGUUAGGAAACAACCUACAUGGAUGACUGAUUUUGUUACACAUGCUGCUUCCACUUCAUUACAUCGUCCUUUAUCUCAUUGUUUGCAUUAUGCUAAUGUCUCCUCACAAUGUCAGUCAUAUUUGUGUGCUUUCUCUAGUGUCACUGAGCCUAAGUCUUACAAGGAAGCAUGCUCAGAUCCUAGAUGGAUUUCAGCUAUGCAAGAAGAGAUCCAAGCACUUGAGGCAAAUAAAACAUGGCUUAUAGUAUCCUUACCUUGUCACAAGAAACCUAUUGGUUGUAAAUGGGUUUAUAAAAUAAAGUUUAAGGCUGAUGGUACAGUGGAGAGAUAUAAGGCUAGAUUAGUUGCCAAAGAUUACAAUCAGAGGGAAGGUCUUGAUUAUCAAGAUACAUUCUCACCUAUUUUGAAGAUGGUCACAGUGAGAAGUGUUUUAUCAAUUGUUGCAGCCUCUCAUUGGCAUAUACAUUAG